AUGACUCACGUGAGAAGCGUUGGGACGCCAUUCGGGCGACGCUCGGACGCCGUUCGCUCGAGAAAAGGGAAGCUAGCGCUGUCGGUUGUCUGCGCGGUUCUGGUCUGGACCCAGGCGGUGGAAUCGGCCCCGGUCGACCUGCCGGACGAGACGGUGGAUGCGACGGCGGAGGUGGAGCCGAGAUUCUCUUCCAUCAUCGAGGCGUACAUGCCGGCCUCGGAGAUGACGGGCCCGUUCUUCGACUGGCUCUUCGAGUGGGAAAUGGACAUCUACCACAGGGUGGUCGGGAGCUUCCUUCGUUACGUCACCGAUUACGCCUUCAACGCGGCGGUGUUGCGCAAUGCUGCGUCUCGCGACGGCGUCGAAGGAGAUGCCAUCUUUUGAAAGGGUGGAAAGAACACGACCCUUCGUGGACU